AUGCACCCUCCGCCGUAUUCUCCCCUCUUCCCUCAGCAGCCCACUGCUUCGGAAUCGUUAUUCUCGACGUUUCCCUUCGUGCAUUCGGAUUCGCCUCUUCAUUCUCAUGGAUCCGACCCGCUAGGAAGUUCGGCCUUAUACGCGUUGUUUCGCUCUUCUUAUGGGCGCCAAUCAAUUAGUUCCCCGGACACGAACGCUGAUACUCAGAACUGGAUCGUCAAGCAAGUUCGCUCCAUGAGAUACGAAGCUGCUGCCAAAGCUUCUCAUGGGACUUCGGCUGUGUCCGCAAGUUUUUCUUCUGCGUGGAAUGACAUCUGGGUGCGUCAACUUUUGCCUAGUCUUACCCCAUUAACGUUGCCUAUGCCAAACCAAACCAAAGCUAAUGAACCAAUGCAAUGUGAGGUUUGCAAAAUUGAUUGCACAAACAAAGAUGUUUUUGAAAAGCUCGUAACAGAAGAGAAGCACAGGAAGAAUAUGCAAUUGCUAAAUAGCCCCACCAAUACAGCGAUACCAGGAGCCUCUCAUGCAAGUUUACAAAGUCAAAUAAAUAGGGUCCAAGGACAAGAUUUAUUUGGUGUGGUGAGCAAAGAGUUAGAGUCUAAGAAACAGAAGCUUGUGAGUGGCGGUGCAGCAGUUGAUUCAGUAAGGGUUUGCACGAUAUGUAACGUCGCCUGCAAUAGUCAAGAUGUGUAUAACAAACACCUAUCUGGGAAAAAGCAUGCUGCUCAGAUUAGCUUGAUGUCUGAUAAUGGUAUUGGUUCUCAUCUUGCCGCGUUUAAGCAUCUUGGCAUUGGUCCUUGGAAAAAAGGCCCAAAGAAAAUUUCUACCCAACCUGCAUGGUGCGAACUUUGCAAGAUCAGUUGCAACAGCAGGGAUGUAUAUAUGACACACUUAGCUGGGAGGAAACACCUGAGGAACCUGGGGUUGCUCUCAAAAUCAAAUAAUGCUUUGCAGCGCGCAACCAAUCCAGUUGUUAGGCCCCAGGAAAGGCCAAACACUUGUGAAGAUGAAGGGAUAGAUUCACAGAAGCCAAAUAAAGCAGCCAUGGUUGAGGAUAUUGAAGCAAAGAAACGUAAACUUAUAAAAGGUGGGGCAGCAGAAACUGACAUUAGAAUAUGCACUCUAUGUAAUGUGGUGUGCAACAGCCAAACGGUGUUCAAUUUUCACCUUGCUGGGCAGAAGCAUGCUGUAAUGGUGAAGCUGAUGAUGCAGAAGCAGCCAGGAUUGCUUGCAGAAAUGUCAAAUAAUUUCAGAAGUGACACCGAUACUUCUUUUAACGCGGAGGAACUCUUGAAAAUUAAAACAAGAUGUAGAGAGCUUAGAAAAGAGAAGGACAUGAUAAAUUGUUCACAAUCCCAAAUUUUUGAGCUACUCCGGAUAAUAGAACUACAUGAGAAGUCAUUAUUAGAGACUAGCAUAAAAGAUAAGACACACAUACAGAGGUUGGAAGAAGAGCUAUUGAACUGCUCUCAGGAAAUAGAUUACCUUAAGGAUCAGCUUAAUGGAAGGAACAUGGAGGUCAAAUACCUGCAAGAGCUUGUUUACAGCUUUAAACUGAAAUAA